UCCCCGCCGGCUCCGCCCCGCCCUUCCGCACUUUAGGGCCGCGGCGCGGGCGCUGCGCGCAGACCUCCGGCAGCCCGAGCCGCAGCGCGCCUGCCCCGCGGUGAGCCGCCUUCACCAUGGAGCAGCUGAGCGCAGCAAACACCCGCUUCGCCUUGGACCUGUUCCGCGCCUUGAAUGAAAACAAUCCGACUGGAAACAUCUUCAUCUCUCCCUUCAGCAUUUCAUCCGCGAUGGCCAUGAUCCUUCUGGGGACCAGAGGUAACACCGCAGCACAACUGUCCAAGGCUUUUCAUUUCGAUUCGGUUGAGGAGAUUCAUUCAAGAUUUCAGAGUCUGCAUGCUGAUAUCAACAAACGUGGAGCGUCCUAUAUUCUGAAACUUGCUAAUAGAUUAUAUGGAGAGAAAACCUAUAAUUUCCUCCCUGAGUUCUUGGCUUCGACUCAGAAAAUGUAUGGUGCGGAACUGGCCGGUGUGGACUUUCAGCACGCCUCUGAAGAUGCGAGGCAAACCAUAAACCAGUGGGUCAAAGGGCAGACAGAAGGGAAAAUUCCGGAACUGUUGGCUGCAGGUGUGGUUGAUGACAUGACUAAACUUGUGCUAGUGAAUGCCAUCUAUUUCAAGGGAAACUGGCAGGAGAAAUUCAUGAAAGAGGCCACGGAAGAUGCACCAUUCAGACUGAAUAAGAAAGACACAAAAACAGUGAAAAUGAUGUAUCAGAAGAAAAAGUUUCCAUAUGGCUACAUCGAGGACCUCCGGUGCCGAGUGCUGGAGCUGCCCUACCAAGGCAAGGAGCUCAGCAUGCUCGUGCUGCUGCCCAAGGACAUCGAGGACGGGUCCACGGGGCUGAAGAAGAUUGAGGAAGCACUGACUUUAGAAAAACUGCAUGAGUGGACCAAAUCUGGGAAUCUGGGUGUCAUGGAAGUCAAUGUCGGCUUGCCCAGGUUCAAACUGGAAGACAGCUACGUGCUCAACUCUGACCUCGCCCGUCUGGGUGUGCAGGAUCUCUUUCACAGUAGCAAAGCUGAUCUCUCUGGCAUAUCAGGAGCCAGAGAUAUUUUUAUCUCAAAAAUCAUCCACAAGUCCUUUGUGGAAGUCAGUGAAGAGGGCACAGAGGCGGCGGCUGCCACCGCAGGCAUCGCCACCUUCGCCAUGCUGGCGCCAGAGGAGGAUUUCAUUGCCGACCACCCGUUCUUCUUCUUUAUUCGGCACAAUCCCUCAAGCAGCGUCUUGUUCAUGGGCAGGUUUUCUUCCCCGUAGAAGAAAGAGAUGGUGACAAUCCAAAGUCAAGCUUAGAGGUUUAUUACCUGAGUUUUCGGAGGUGAUAAUUUUCAUAUAUCUUUACCAAUAAAACUACUGUCCAGAAACAAACCUUUAAUUUCCUUUGUAAGUUUGGCCUCAUUGGCUUUUUACACCCAUGAAUUUUGGCACAGGUACCUAGUUUUCUUGUUUUACAUUGGAAAAUCCCAGUGAUGGCUUUUGAAUGCAUCAGUUUUUUUAAAAAAGAAUAAAUCAGAUGUUUAGAUUCAUGGCAAUGUAGUAAUGUAUGAAAUUGCUGUACUCUCCUGAUAGCCAUGGGAAAACAUGACAAGAUAGUCAUUUAUUUUACAGCUAGAAUUUUGGUAAGCCAUAACAGACUGACACUCUGACUGUUGAAGACAGAAUUAAAAACAGAUAUUCAAUUGAAAUACAGGAGACUGCCCCAAUUAAGGGCCUAGGUUAUGAAGACAAACUUGGCUUGCCCAAUGUUUUUGUCCUUUUGCUCUGCAGGGUUAGUAUUCUACUACAGUCCUCCAGUUUUUAAACUCUUCAAUUAAAGGGCCACCUGGCCAUAAUGUGUAUUCCCUUUUUUGUUCUCCUUUAUAUAUAAUAUGUAGUUCCUAUGGGAUUGCAUGGAGUGAAGAAGUGGGUGUCUUAUGAUAAAAUAUGCCAGGAGACUAUGAAAAGAAAAUUACAGGGGGAGAAACUUCUAAGCAAAGGGAAGGUGCAAAGAUUUUAUUGUUAACCAUCUUCUUGUGUGUUUUUGAUUGAGGCUCUUGACUUCCUUCAUAGAUGCACGUUGCCAUGGCGAUGCGAUGGCUUUGUGCAAAGCUGUGGUGGGAGAUGGGGUGGGGGCUCUUUUACUUUGUCCAAUGUACUUUCUUUGAAUGGGGCUUGAAAUGCUGCAUUUUCUUGCUCCCAAGGGCUAGUGGGCAUCAUGAGUUAAUAAAGUUUCCUAAGAUUCUGCAA